AUGGCGGAAGCCGCAGGUCGUACGAAAGCAGUUGCCGCCCCUUUCUCCAUAGCGCUCGCUCCUCCGCAUGCGGCGGCGGCGGCGGCAGCGGCGGUGCCUGGGCCGAAUUUCUCAGCGGCAAAUGCGGCGUCAGUCGCGGGAGAUAUCGAGACGCCGUUGAUCGAGCCGUCGCGCUCGCUGGGCGAUAGUAUGCCCGCUGGCACGCGCGUGGUGCGCCCAUGGGCGGGGAAGGGGGGGUGGAAAAAAAGGAAAUCAGUGGGUGGGAGGGAUGGGGGGAAGGAGAGAGGGGGGAUGGGGAAGGGAAAAGAGGGGGGAAUGAGGAGAGGAGGGGGGGGGAUGCUACUGGAGAGGACCAGCUCCGCUCUCUUCAUCCGCCUGCCGCCACUCCACUGGGCUAAUCCCCCCUUCCCCCCGCCCCACUCUCCACUGUGCCAAUCUCCCCUCUCCCCCCCCCUCACAGAUACUGGAGAGGACCAGCUCCGCUCUCUUCAUCCGCCUACCGCCCCUCCAUCCGGUCAAAGCGGUGCUCAUCGUCAUGGUAUGGGCGGUGGGUGCGGUGGCCGAUGGGUGCGGUGGGUGCUAGCUGGCUUCAUGGACACCUUGCACAAUACCGACCAGCAGACUAUCUUUCUUCUCUUCUCCAAAGAGAGCACUGCCUUGCUCACCAAAGCCAUUCUCUCAUCUCCUGCCGCCCAUCGCUGCACUGUUGCUAUUGCCUCUCAUGAGCAGCAGCAACCCCUUCCGCCCAUCGUGCCUGCUGCAUCCGCUCUCUGCACACUGUGA